CGGCGGCAGUGUGAACUCUGGUGUCUGCUCCGGGAACUAGCAUGACAGAAGUUUUGUUGCUAGGGCGGAGGAGACCCGAGAUGCCACGGCUGCCGUGUCUCACUUAGUGUUCGCUGUAGGCCACUUUGGCUGCUAGUGCGCAGUGCUGCCCUUCACACUUGCUCGGAGCCCCUCCACUGGCCCGUCUUGCUGCAGGCAUUCUGGCCCCUGGCCCAGCUCCCUCGGAGGGCCCCUCUCCUGCAGUGCCGACAGCGCCCUCUGCAAUUCUCCCCAGGGAAAAUAGAGGAGAAGGGAAUACCAUGGGACAAACAGUGAAUGAAGAAUCAAUGGAUGUCAAGAAGGACAAUCAAGAAAAAACAACUCAUUCAAGUACAUCUUCUGUGCAAAGAAAUUAUUUUGACUGGGACAAAUAUUUGAAAGAAACUGGUUCUAUAAGUGCUCCUUCAGAGUACUUCAGACAGUCUAAGAUUCCACCAACUAAUGAAUUCCAAGUUGGUAUGAAAUUGGAAGCCCGUGACCCUCGCAAUUUUGCUUCAGUGUGCGUUGCUUCUGUUAUUGCAACUACUGGUGCCAGAUUGCGUUUACGACUGGAUGGUAGUGACAAUAAGAAUGAUUUUUGGAGACUUGUUGAUUCAUCAGACAUACAGCCUGUUGGGACCUGUGAACAGGAAGGAGAUUUACUUCAACCCCCACUGGGGUACAGAAUGAAUGUUUCAUCAUGGCCCAUGUUCUUACUACGAACACUAACUGGAUCUGAACUGGCACCUGCAGGGUUCUUUAAGAAAGAACCACCACCACCACCCGUAAAUAAUUUUAAAGUUGGGAUGAAGAUUGAAGCCGUCGAUAGAAAAAAUCCAUUUUUGAUCUGUCCUGCCACAAUUGGAGCUGUCAGAGGAGAUCAAAUUUAUAUUACUUUUGAUGGAUGGAGUGGGGCAUUUGAUUAUUGGUGCAGAUAUGACUCUCGGGACAUCUUCCCAGUUGGAUGGUGCUGCCUCACAGGAGAUGUAUUGCAGCCACCAGGAAACAUUGCUGAAAGGAAACCAAGGAGCAAAGCAGUGACUGAACCUUGGAAAGAUGGAGCCACAGCUUCAGAAAGUGAAGAAGCAGCUCCAGAAGCUGCAGAAAACCCUAAGGACAGUGUAUUCACCAACCCUUUUGAGGAUGAAGACAGACCUGUAAAAGAUGAUCAAGCAGCCACAGCUGGGAAAAAACCCAAGGGCAGAGGAUUCACCAAACCCGGGAAAGAUGAAGCUAGACCUGGAAAAGAUAACCAAGCAACUCCAGCUGGGGAAAAACCCAAGGGCAGAGGAAUCACCAAAACUUGGGAAGAAGCCAGACCAGGGAAAGAUGUCCAAGCAGCCCCAGCUGGGAAAAAGCCCAAGGACAGAGGAUUCACCAAACCUUGGGAAGAAGAAGCCAGACCAGGGAAAGCCAGACCAGGGAAAGAUGUCCAAGCAGCCCCAGUUGAGAGUAAACCAAAGAGCAAGAGAGUCACCAAACCUUGGAAAGAACAGGCCACUCCUUUUGAAGAUGAAGCAGAAGCCCCAGCUAAGAAAAAGCCCAGGGUCAAGACAGUCACCAAACCACGGAAAGACCAAACCGAACUUUUUGAGUAUGAAGAAGCAGCCCCAGCCAAGAAAAAACCCAAGGCCGAGACAGUAACCAAACCAUGGAAAGACCAAGCUGGACAUUUUGAGUAUGAAGAGCCAGCAGCCCCAGCUGAGAAAAAACGCAAGGGCAAAAAAGUCACCAAACCAUGGACAGACCAAACUGGACUUUUUGAAUAUGAAGAAGCAGGUCCAGCUAAGAAAAAACACAAGGGCAAGACAGUCACCAAAACAUCGAAAGACCAAGCUGGACUUUUUGAAUACGAAGAACCUGCCCCAGGUGAGAAAAAACGCAAGGGCAAAACAGUCAUCAAACCUCGGAAAGACCAAGCUGGAAUUUUUGAAUAUGAAGAAGCUGUUCCAGCUGAGAAAAAACGCAAGGGCAGGCCAGUCACCAAACCUUGGAAAGAUGAAGCAAGUCAUUUUGAAAAUGAAGAAGCAGCCCGAGGUAAGAAAAAACGCAAGGACAAAAGAGUCAGUAAAUUUUGGGAAGACCAAGCCAAACUUUUGGAAGAUGAAGAAGCAAUUCCAGCUCUUUUCUCAGCUCUUUCAGUGAAGAGUGCAGAGAACACACCACCUUCCUCCUAUGAACAAACAAAAACCCCUACCUCUGAGAAAAAAAAGUCUUCCACCUCCAAAGGGGCUAAAUCUCCAAAAAAGAAGUCUCCACAGAAAACAACUCUUGUACUACCAGUACCAAAGACCAGCAAGAAAUCAGGAAAAACUAAACCAACUGGAGAUACUUCAGCUACAACGAAGGGUACUUGUAAAACUGUCUUACCAAAGGAAAAAGGUAGACAGUCAGCGGUAAAGGAAAAAUGUAUUCCAGUUAUUUCUUCUACAUCUACAGCAUCUCUCAGUUCACUAAUUAGAAGAUCUUCAUCUAAUAAGCCUCCUGUGGGGCCAUCUAAAAUAGUGAUGUCUACAGUCUGUGUCUAUAUAAAUAAACAUGGAGAUUGUGGCCCCUACCUGAAUCCACAGAAAGUUCAGCAGCUGCCUGACCAUUUUGGCCCAGGUCCUGUGAAUGUGAUUCUCCGGCGGGUUGUACAGGCCUGUGUGGAUUGUGCCAUUGAUUCCAAGACUGUGUUUUUAUUUAUUAAGCCAGAUAAUCGAGGAGGAGAAGUAAUAACUGCCUUCUUUGAUGAGAAAGUUCAUAGUGUUCAGCUCCCUCCAGUGAAUAGUGCAUCAUUUGCGCUUCGCUUUCUUGAAAAUUUCUGCCGCAGCAUGCAGUGCGAUAAGUUUUUGAGUAGCCAGCCUUUUAAACCCAAGGCUCAUAUUCCUACCUCUACUACAGACCUUGAUCAAAACAAACCAGCACUAAAUGAGGAACUAAAGGAAAGUAGAAGACUCAAACGAUGUUCUCAGCGACCUCUAACUUUUGCUCCAGUCUCAUCAAAGGUUCCCAGAAAGAGUAGGCGAGCCUCUAAAGCUUCAAGUUAUAUAGCUGUACCUGACCCCAGUGUCCUGAAACAAGGCUUCUGUAAGGACCCUUCAACCUGGUCUGUGGAUGAAGUGAUACAGUUUAUGAAACAUACAGAUCCUCACAUAGCAGGCCCCCUCGCCGACCUCUUCAGGCAACAUGAAAUUGAUGGAAAAGCUCUACUACUACUGAAGAGUGAACUGAUGAUGAAGUAUAUGGGGCUGAAACUAGGACCAGCAUUAAAACUAUGUUACUACAUUGAAAAACUUAAAGAAAUAAAGUAUAAUUGAAAAUAUGCAAAUUUAGAUUAGAGACAAUUCUCAGGUAUACUUAAAAUGUUUUACUUUAAAAGUAAUUUCCUUCUCAUCAGUUUGUAUUUUAUGAAAGGUUUUUAUAAAAAUAUUUUAUCAAAUUGUAGUACAAUUACAUUGAUAGUAUGUUCUUACUCUUUAAAUGACAUUGAAUAUGUUUUAUUAGCAUACUUAUAACUGGCAAUUUAUUAUUUAUGUCUUUAAUUAUUUUUAUUGUGUUUACAAGUAUACUUCAUGUAGCAAACAGAGGAAAACCUUUUAUUAGGAUUAAUUUUUAUAUCUAGAACCAAAUAGCUAAACCCCAAAGGGGAAAAUACCAGCAACAUAAUCUCUAUUACAAAACCAUGACAAUUUUCUCUCAAAAGAGUUUAAUGAUGCACUUAAGCUCUCAUCUCCUUCCCCAGUCUUCUGUUCAUGAUACACUACUACUAGAAAGGAAAGAGCCAUAUAAAUGAUUUUCCUUUCUUUCCAUGCCCUGGUGGUGUAUUUGUUCAUACAAAGGGGAAAAAGCAAGUUUAUAAGCUUGCAUAAAGUGUUCUUACUAGUCUUUGAUAUUUUUAGGAUAGAUUAAAGUGAAUAAUUUUUGUGGAGGAGAUGUUUAUUCUACAAGAGUGGAUUGGAUGGAAUUGGAUAAACUUUAUACCUAUUUAAUAAUUUUCUGAAAUUUUGCUAAGCUCAAACAUUAGACAUUCAAUCCUGACAUGUCUAUUUCCAAAAUAUUUGUGUCCAAUUUUUAAAAAAUUAUUUUAUUUUGUGUUUUUUUACUCAUAUGGAUACUUUAGCAUAUUUAUAUACUAUUCUAUAUUUGUGAGAAUACACAAUUGAUUUUUUUGAUUUAUUAUGGCACUUUACACUGCCACAAAGGUAAUAAAGACCUAUAUAUAGAUGUUUAUUCCAUCAAAAAUAUGUACAUCAUUUUACUAUUCCCAGUAGCUCUCAGCUUAUUAUUCAGGUGUUAAGAAACUCUACUUAGAUUGGCUCCCACAUAGGGAAGCUCUUUAUUCUAUGCAAUAUUUCUAAUUAAUUUACUUAUUGAGCCAUCAAUUCUACUACAUUUUUAAAAAUACAUUAAUUCUGACAUUGGGGCUCUAUUUUUAUAAAUGAGAGCUUUCAAAGGAAAAUGAUACUGCGUGCUAUUACUUUAUAUAGUGGUGUAAUACAUAUAAGCUGUGAGAAUCAGUUAUACAUGUAUUAGCCAUUUGUUCUAAAUAUCAACAAAAUGUUCACCAGGAUAAGAAUGUCCAUUUUCUCUUUAAGAAUACCAAAUGUGUUCUAUAUAACAGCAGAAAUGUAUAAAAGAUUACUUCACCUAUGUCAUUUCUGGAACAACUAGAUUCUUAAAGUUGAUCUUCUUACAAAUUGUUUGUAUGAAGAUGCUAUGUCUAGUUGAGUGGUCCUCAGGUGCUUAUAAUACUAUGUUUUGUUAUCUUCAAAUUUGAAGAAUAUAAUAAAGUUAAAUAAGCACA